GAGGCGGAGGCGAGCCAGGAGGAGGGAGGAGGGACGAGGGACCCGCCCGCCGCGCCCGGGCCGCCGGGCAUGUGUGGCCGCUGGCGCCCGACGCUGCCGCUGUCCGGGGGCUGAGCCGCGCCCAGGUGUCCCGCACAGUGCGUGUGCGAGUGUGUGUGACCGCGCAGGGGAGCACCGCGCCGGCCCCAGCCUCCCGCUCGCUCCCCCGGGCCGUGGUGCAUGUUCGCCUUCUGCCACUGUGUGCCGAGAGGCAGGAGGACCAUGAAAAUGAUCCACUUUCGGAGCUCCAGCAUCAAAUCGCUCAGCCAGGAGAUGAAAUGCACCAUCCGGCUGCUGGACGACUCGGAGAUCUCCUGCCACAUCCAGAGGGAGACCAAGGGGCAGUUUCUCAUCGACCACAUCUGCAACCACUACAGCUUGCUGGAGAAGGACUACUUUGGCAUUCGCUAUGUGGACCCAGAGAAGCAAAGGCACUGGCUUGAACCUAACAAGUCCAUCUCCAAGCAAAUGAAAUCUCAUCCACCAUACACCAUGUGCUUUAGAGUGAAAUUCUACCCACACGAACCCCUGAAGAUUAAAGAAGAGCUCACAAGGUACCUGUUGUACCUUCAAAUUAAAAGAGACAUUUUUCAUGGCCGGCUGCUGUGCUCCUUUUCUGAUGCUGCCUACCUGGGUGCCUGUAUCGUUCAAGCUGAGCUUGGUGAUUAUGAUCCUGAUGAGCAUCCCGAGAAUUACAUCAGUGAGUUUGAGAUUUUCCCGAAGCAGUCACAGAAACUGGAAAGGAAAAUAGUGGAAAUUCACAAAAACGAACUCAGAGGCCAGAGCCCACCGGUUGCUGAAUUUAACUUACUGCUGAAAGCUCACACUUUGGAAACCUAUGGGGUAGAUCCUCACCCAUGCAAGGAUUCAACCGGCACAACAACAUUUUUAGGAUUCACUGCUGCAGGCUUUGUGGUAUUUCAGGGAAAUAAGAGAAUCCAUUUGAUAAAAUGGCCGGAUGUCUGCAAAUUGAAGUUUGAAGGGAAGACGUUUUAUGUGAUUGGCACCCAAAAGGAGAAGAAAGCUAUGUUGGCAUUCCAUACUUCAACACCAGCUGCUUGCAAACACCUCUGGAAAUGUGGGGUGGAGAACCAGGCCUUUUAUAAGUAUGCAAAAUCCAGUCAGAUCAAGACUGUGUCCAGCAGCAAGAUAUUUUUCAAAGGCAGUAGAUUUCGAUAUAGUGGUAAAGUCGCCAAAGAGGUGGUGGAGGCCAGCUCCAAAAUCCAGAGGGAGCCUCCUGAGGUGCACAGAGCCAACAUCGCUCAGAGCCGCAGUUUCCACUCCUUGAACAAGCAGCUCAUCAUUAACAUGGAGCCCCUGCAGCCCCUGCUUCCUUCCCCCAGAGAGCAAGAGGAAGAACUAGCGCCUGGUGAGGGUGUUCCCUUGCCCAAAGAGGACACUUCUGCCCCCUUGAUCUCCAGCUCUCCUGUGAAGGAAGCCCGGGAGUAUGAAGAUCCCCCAAGCGAAGAGGAAGAUAAAAUCAAAGAAGAGCCCCUAACCAUCUCUGAACUAGCGUACAACCCAAGUGCCAGCCUGCUCCCCACCCCUGUAGAUGAUGAUGAGAUUGACAUGCUCUUUGACUGUCCAUCCAGACUUGAGCUGGAAAGAGAAGACACCGAUUCGUUUGAGGAACUGGAAGCGGAUGAAAAUGCCUUUUUGAUUGCUGAGGAAGAGGAGCUGAAAGAGGCUCGCCGAGCUUUGUUGUGGAGCUAUGACAUUCUGACCGGCCAUAUUCGGGUGAACCCACUGGUCAAGAGUUUUUCCCGGCUCCUUGUGGUGGGCCUGGGACUGCUGCUCUUUGUAUUUCCCCUGCUCCUCCUCCUUUUGGAGUCAGGUAUUGAUCUCUCCUUCUUGUGUGAAAUCCGCCAGACACCAGAGUUUGAGCAGUUUCACUAUGAAUACUACUGUCCCCUCAAGGAGUGGGUGGCUGGGAAAGUCAACCUCAUGCUCUAUAUGCUGGGCUGCUCAUGAAGUAAAUAUCUCAUGCAACUAAGGGCUAUAUUCAAUACUAGUGAUUUUUUUUUUUCCAGUAAAAUCCUGGUUCUGAAUUGUCAUGGGGCUGUCCACAGGUGUUCCUUACUCAUAACCUUAUUCAAAUCUUUAAGUUAGCUUUCCAUAAUCACUGCACUUAAAUUAAGUUUCAAUCAAAAUACAGUUCUUUGAGUUAUAGGUUAGGGAAUAGCCUUUCAGUAUCCAGAAACAAGUUGGUUUUUUCAUUAGAGGGUAGAUAUAGUCCUUAUCUAUUAUAUCAUGAUACAUAAUACCUUGGACUAAAUUAGAUUAUUCUGUUUCUAAUAGUUGGCACCAUUACAAGUUAGAAGGUUCAGAAUCAGAGUUUUAGUAAAAAUCCAAGAGAAAGUGUUUGAAUAUAAUCCUUAGUGAACACAAUUUCCUCUAACCAAUGCCUAUACGACUAAAUUUAUGCUGGGUUUUUGUUUUUGUUUUUUUAAAAAUAUUUUUAUGGGUUCAAACUAUUUUGGUAAAUUUUUAGCAAAAAAAAAAAAA